CGUAGUGAUACAAACACUCUCCUUCGAACUACUUUCAAAAUGUCAGCCUCCUUGACAAAAUGCUGUCAACGGGUGGUUCCACAGUUAUUAUCGUCUUUUAAGGGUUUGCCUGUUGUCCAGAUAAGGACUGCUAAAAAGGUCAGAGCUGGGACAGCAAGAAGCACUAUGGAUACUGGGAGAACAAGAAAGAGGAACAGGGGUAUCAGAGUGCAGGACGGUGCAUUUGUUCACGAGGGUCAAGUUCUUGUGAAACAAACUGGCCUCCGAUUCUACCCUGGGGAGAAUGUUGACAUUUCACAGAACUACACCAUUUCGGCCAAGUGUGAUGGGAAGGUGAUUGUAUCGUGUGAGCGCCUGAAUCCCAAGCCAGAUAGUCCACUCUUUGCACCUGUACAAAAGGGAGUGGUCAUUCACAAAAAAUUCUUUAACAUUUACCCUGUCCCACUCCAUGGAAAGUUCAGACUAGUUGAUCAGGUGUGAUAAAGCUGUAAAUGUUAUCUUUUGCAUGGAAGAAAGAAAGAAAAUAGUAUCAAUGUUAUAAAUGUCAAUAAGAGUGAGUGUGAAGAAUAGCGAAGUGUUAGGGGAAGUUUUUAUUGUUGGCUAUCAUAUGCAUUGGUUAAGAGUGUAUUUUUUCGUUGUUCCGUCUUGUAAAUAAAUCAUUUGUACAUGUCA